CUCCUUUCAAAAAAGUUUGAAGAAAAUUAGAGCAUUCGCGAAAAUUCUAGAAAGUACUAGAUUCCUCUUCAACUUCUUAUAUAAACAGGACAUGUUCUUCCCCAGCAAAGCAACCACAUUUAAAAGAUCUCGUAAACAAUCAAAUUCGCUGCUAUUUCGUCACUAUUGGCACUAAAUACCUUCUUCUUCUUUUUUCCUUUUUUUAUCUGGUCAGAACAUCAAAACAUUUGUCCUUAGGAAGAAAAAUGGCCAUGAUUCCAAGUUUCUUUGGCAACCGAAGGAACAGCAUCUUCGAUAAUCCCUUCUCCUUUGACGUAUUCGAUCCUUUUAGAGGCUUCCCUUUGUCUUCUUCAUCACUCGCCACCACGCGUAUCCCAGAAACCGCUGCUUUUGCCAGCACCAGAAUCGACUGGAAGGAAACUCCGGAAGCGCAAGUCUUCAAAGCCGACCUCCCAGGGCUUAAAAAAGAGGAAGUGAAAGUGGAGAUUGAAGAUGACAGGAUGCUUCAAAUCAGCGGAGAAAGGAAAAUAAAGAAGGAAGACAAGGACGAUGCUUGGCAUCGGAUUGAACGUAGCAGUGGGAAGUUCAUGAGGAGGUUUCGGUUGCCAGAAAAUGUGAAGAUGGAGCAGGUGAAAGCUUCCAUGGAAAAUGGGGUCCUUACUGUUACUGUUCCCAAGGAGGAAGUGAUGAAACCUGAUCUCAAAUCCAUUGAAGUUUCGUGAAACGUAAUGGGAAUACUAAGAAGCUUAUAUCUAUCUCCUUAUGGGUUCUUUGGCACAGGAGGAAUAGACUGGUGAAUGAAGGUCUUAAUUUCGCUUUACAUGAAGUUGUGGGACUUGUUCAAAGCUUUGCCCAAGUUUUAAAUUUUAGUCAAGUUUUCAGUUCUCCAUCUGUUACGCAUAGGACUCUUCUAUGGCAGCCUCCUAUUUCUGGUUUUAUUAAA